AUGGACGUAGAUUCCGAUAAUAAUGACAUCUCCUUUUCACCUGAAGCGCUUAAACGGUUGAAAAAAAUCAAGCCAUCAGCAUAUUCGUCCUUAUGGAGUUCCAUCCAAGGUGUACAUCCGGUUGUGUUGAACCAUCGCCCUGCCAAAGCAUAUGACAUUCCAAUAUAUCUCUAUCAUCCUAUAUUUAAUUAUUUCAUGACUCAGUGUGAGUCAUGCCGAGUAGAUGUUCAAGAUGAAAAGUUUGCUAUUAAUAUUUCCACGGAAAUGUGCAAAGCCUUUGACAAUGAGGACAAGCGGAAGAUGGCAUUUAUUGAUCUCGUACGAAACUAUCUAACUAAUUAUAGCUUUAAUGCCAACAAAAUAGGUGCAUAUGAGACUGAUGGACAUAUAGCAGUGACCAUUGAGGGUGAAGAUAUAAUUUUAGCUCUCUUAGAAGUCAAAUCCGAAUUUGGAAAGGGCCAUGGGUGUGCGUUUCUUCAAGCUACUGCAUACUAUUCACAGCACGUGGUGGAUGCAAAAGAAAAUCAACUCAAGUAUUAUCAGAGAACAUGUUGCCCCAUGUUUAUUUUAUAUCUGGCGGGUCCGUUUCUUGGCUUCGCUGGUGCCAUCUGUACUGACUUACCCGUAUGUGAUCCCCUUGGUCCAGUGAUUCCAUUGUUUUAUCUUCCAAAUGAGUAUCCAACCAUGCUCAGAAUGGCUCGAACAUUCAAAGCUUUUAAGCAAAGUAUUUACAAUCUCCAUGAAUCUUAUCGUCAGAAAAUGUCUGCAUCAGAUGAUAGUGUCCGUUGGGAGGCAGCUUUCCCAUAUGUCCGAGAAUUCUGGAAUCUUGAGUCAGCUAGUAAUCCUACUUCAUUCACUUACAUACGCCGCCUUAUUGAUAAAAAACCACUAUAUGUAGCAAAAACAGCAGAUCGUCUGGUAUUUGUCAAGUUUACCAUGCGAUAUGGACGACAAGCUCACGUUAAUUUAGCUGAAAAAGGAUUUGCACCGGCAUUGUUGGGGUUUGAAGAACUUGAUAGAGGCUGGAAAAUGGUGGUAAUGGAGUAUUUACCAGACAAUGAAUGGAGGAUGCUGACAGAUGUUGAUGACAGAGCAGGGGUAAAGGAUAACGUUGUUGCAGUGAUGAACUCGUUCCAUGACUUGGGAUAUGCACAUGGCGAUUUGAGGGGCGAAAAUAUUAUGGUUGCAGAUGAUGGACGAGUAAAGAUCGUAGAUUUUGAUUGGGCCGGAUUGGCAGGUCAGAUUAAAUAUCCUCAUUUUAUGAACCCAGAAAUUCGAUGGCACAUUAAUGCUCAACCGGCUAAACCUAUACUGACUGAACAUGAUGUACAUCUGCUCAACAGCUACUUUAUUUGA